GUCAUCGCAGAGUCUUGUGGGAGUUGUAGUUCAGAACGCGGAGGGACCGCCGCACCACUGGAGGGAAAACCCUCAAUGGAACCGAACAUGGAGAGGAAAAGGUGGAAGACAAACAUUUGUCACAAUGGGUUUGGGCAGCCCCCAAGUAAACUACCCCGAGAAUCUCCGAGAGGGAGCGUGGCUGAGCUCCGGGGUGGAUACCCCAGGGACGGUGCACUGGAUCAUCACUCGUUCUUCAGUGACCUGGCGGACAGCGAGCGGCAGAGGACUGUGGUUUCGUUCCUCCUGAGACAUGGCGAGACAUUGGCCGAGACACUGGACAGGAUUGAGCUGGGAGGCAAGGAGGUCCAGUUAGUGGUCAGGGCCCUGAGGUCAGCCGCAGAGAUGGCCAGCAGCCGAGAGGAGACCAGGUCCAUCCUGCAGCCUGUGGUCCGCUCUCCUUUCCUGCUGAAGGGCUUACUCCAGUCCAUUGCCCGGCUGGAUCACUGCGGAGGGGAAGAGGUGGACGACCUCCUAGACUUUCUCCGACACUUGACCCUGGCUUUCCCCGAGAGUAUCCGAGACCGGAUCUCAAUCCCGGCCGACCUGCUGCAUUCCCGGCUCCAGCGCCUCCAGGGCCUGGGCUCUGAGCUCUCCUGGCCCCGGAAGAAGCAGCUGCAUGACCUGGAGCGCUCAGUCAAUGAGGCUUUCCCAGGAGCGGACACCGGGCGGCAAGGCGUCUUCAUCCAGGAGGAAGAGGCCAGAGAUUUCCGACACCUAUCCGUCUUCCCCAGCUCUCGGGAUAUGGUAGGAGCUGGGGAGCCCGGUCCACUGCUCCCCAACAGAGUGGAGGGAACCUAUCCGAGCACACUCUCCUACCUGGACACUCAUUUCCGCCUGCUGCGGGAAGACUUUGUCAAGCUGCUGAGGGAGGACCUGGCUACCUACCUGGCCCCGAGAAGCCGUUUCCUGCAGCCCUCCCCUGGCCUCAGGGUCUACAGCAACGUCCAGGUCCUGCACCCAGUCUGCCAGUGGGACGGCGUUGCCUACAAGACCUGCUUCGACCAGCCCCACCGUGCAGGCUGGUUGACUCCCAGAAGGUUGCAGAAGGGCUCCCUGGUUUGCCUGCUGGCCACUGAUUGCCGGGAGAUCUUCUUCGCCUCGGUCGCCAAGUCCGAUGCCAAGUGGCUGAGCCAAGGGCUGCUCCUCCUCAAGUUCUCCAUCAGCCACACCGAGUUGUCCAAGCUCAUAUACGGGCACCGCUUCGCCAUGUUGGAGUCGCGGGCGUUCUUCGAAGCUUACCGCCACGUGCUGCUCACGCUCCAGGCGAUUGAUGGUGACCAGCUCCCUUUCCAGAGGUACAUUGUGAAAUGUAAACCCUCGGUCCGUCCGCCUGCCUACCUCCGGCAACACGGUGUCACCCUCGAUCUGCUGCCCCUGCUCAGAAACGUCAAAGCAGGAGUCGACGCUGAGAUGGAGAGUGAUAUGGAGAGGGAGACAUCUCCGUCGAUGGAGUCAGGAUUGGAACUGGGCCUUACCACAGAGGCAUGUCCCAGCCUGAGAGUGGAACAGGAGCAGGAGACUGAGGAUUCCUUUGAUCUGUCCGAGGAGAGCAGUAGCCCAGCUAAUACCACCAUGGAGGACGCAGCACAGGAGAUGAGCUCACUGGAGGAGAGCACUCAACUUGUAGUCGGAAGUGACAAGAAGAUGGAGGAGCAGCUUCAUCCAGCAGCGGAGAGAAACUCUGGUUUUGCUGGACAGUUUAUCAGCAUUAACCACAGGGAGCUCCAGACUGCAGAGGACAGACCUGGCCCAACACCUGGGAAUGUUACCUUCACAGAGAGGGGCAGCUCAGCUGUGGAGAGCAUGGAUCUGAUGCAGCACAGGGGCACCUCAGUGGGGCAAGGUGGAAGCCCAACUGAGUAUGGCAAUACCCUGACUGGGCAUCGCAAUACCCCAAUGGGGCAAGGGGACAACUUCGCAAAGAACAACAUCUAUGAAGUGAAUCCAUUUCAACAAGAUUUCCGGUCUUUGCGAUGGUUGAAUCAUUUUGACAGGUCUCAGCUGAAGGCUCUUCAGAAGGCCCUGAAGCGGGAAUUUGCACUGAUCCAGGGUCCUCCUGGGACAGGAAAGACCUUCCUGGGGUUAAAGUUGGUGGAGUUGCUGCUGCAUAACCAGAGACUCUGGCAGGCAACCUUGGGGAGCCCGAGCCCCAUUCUGAUCGUCUGCAACACCAAGCACGGCCUGGAGCAGUUCUUGGAAGGGAUGCUGGAGUUUAAAUCCACAGGGAUUGUGCGCAUCGGAGGACUUUGCAAAAACAAGAAGCUUCAAAUGUUCUCCCUGGAGGCCCUUCGCAAGACCACAUUACAGAAAGUCCUGACUCCAACACAAAGGCGCAGGUUCAAAGAGCUUAAAGAGAAAAUUGAAUCCAUCAAGGAAGAUAUCGUCCAUCACUCCAAGAUUCUGGAAUUGCUGCCAGUGGGAAUCCUGCACGAGAAGGAGCUGGCACCAGAAAUAAGAGAAGACCUGGAAGAAGUUGGAUUGACAUUGGCCCCACUGGAGGAGUUGGUCAUCUUGAAGUGGCUGAAUAUUCCCCCUCGCCUCUGGCCACAGAAUAGGGCUGAGAGGAGGAUGUAUCACAGGGGACAAGAGACAGAACCCACCAGAUAUUUCUGCCCCUCUCCAAGAGCAACAUCACCUUCAAAUGUGUUGAACUCCAGAAACAGAUUCUGUGACGACGAUGAGGAGAUGGAAUGGGACCUGGACGGCAGCGAUCCCCGUGACCCUCCGUGUAGCACUGAGCAGUGGGCGGGAGAGGAGUUUGCAUACACCCUGGACUUUGACAUGAGUGAUGCAGACGCAAGGGCAAUUCAGAAAAAUUUGGGAAAUCAAAACAUCAUGCAGGAGGAGGAAGUUCGGAGCAUCCGGAAUGCCUGGGAGCUAGAUCUUAACGAUCGGUGGCGAUUAUACAGGAAAUGGAGAAUGGCCUACGAGGAGAAACUCCAAGCCUCCAUCAAUAACCAUGUGAAACUGUAUGAAGAGAAGACACAAGAACUGUCUGAGCUGAUUGUUGAGGAAGAUGCAAUGCUCCUGAAAACAGCUGAUGUGAUUGCCAUGACGACCACAGGAGCUGCCAAAUACCGGACCCUGCUGCAGAAGGUUGGGUCCCGGAUCGUUCUGGUUGAAGAUGCGGCUGAGGUGUUGGAAGCCCACAUCGUUGCUGCCCUGACUCCAUCUUGUCAACACCUCAUCAUGAUUGGUGAUUACAAGCAGCUCAGGCCGAAGUUAACAGAUCACACCAUGGGCUCUCAGUACCAUCUGGAUGUGUCCCUGUUUGAGCGGAUGGUUAGAAACAAGAUUCCACAUGUGCGGCUGACUCAUCAGCACCGAAUGAGACCUGAAAUCUCCCAGUUGUUGGUCCCAACUUUCUACUCCAGCCUUGAAGACCACAGCUCAGUAUUAGUUUAUGAAGAUAUCAAGGGCCUGGUGACAAAUAUCUUCUUCAUUGAUCAUCAGGUGGACGAGGAUCAGUGCACCCAAGCUGGAAGCUACAGCAAUGAACAUGAGGCCCAGUUCCUGGUGAGGUUGUGCCAUUACCUGCUGCAGCAGGGAUAUAGGGAGGAGCAGCUCACUAUCCUAACCCCUUACAUGGCCCAGAUGUGGAGGAUGCGCACCGUGGCCCGGGACCAUGGCAUGGCCUCUAUCUCCAUCAAGGCUAUCAAUGACUUCCAGGGUAAGGAGAGCGACAUAGUCCUCCUGUCGCUGGUCCGCAGUAACUGGGAGGAGAGCCCUGACGUCCCGGGGGACAAGAACCAUCUGUGUGUGGCCUUUUCCAGAGCCAAAAUGGGUUUCUACUGCAUGGGCAACUUCCAGAAGCUGCUGCAGGGCCCCGAGCGGAAGCUCUGGGAAUCAGUCCUUCGGCUGCUGAAGGCCAAGGGCCUGACGGGGAAGGGCCUUCCCGCGCCCUGCCCGAACCACCCAGCGAAGCACAUCGUCGUCGAGACCCCAGAGGGGUUUCACCGCUCCCCCGAAUGGACGUGCAGUGCUCCCUGCGGUGCCCUCCUGAGCUGUGGCCACUGCUGCCGCCGGCGCUGCCACUUUCACCGGCCGGGCCAGCGGCACAACCGCUGCAAGGAGCUCUGCGGGCGACCGCUCUGCGAGAGAGGGCACAGGUGCCUCAAGCGCUGCGGGGAGGCCUGCGGCCCCUGCAAGGAGGUGGUGGAGAAGGUGGUGCCAGAUUGUGGGCAUGUGCAGCGGGUAGAGUGCGGGCUUCCUCCGGGGGCCACGCCCUGCCGGCAGCCCUGCGCCAGGCUCCUGGAGUGUGGGCACCAGUGCCAGCAGCUCUGCAGCGAGGACUGCUCCGAGCUGCCGUGCCCUGCCAAGUGCUCAGAGACGCUGCAAUGCGGGCACCCCUGCGCGGGCACCUGCGCUAACUGCCUGCAGGGCAAGCUGCACCAAGGCUGCAGGAGGAAAUGCGGCCGGCCCCUCCUCUGCGGUCACCAGUGCAAGGGGCCCUGUGCCGAUAGCUGCCCACCCUGUCCCCUGUCCUGCAGUAACAGGUGCUGGCAUGGCACCUGCCAGAGGAGAUGCAGCGAGACCUGCGAGCCAUGCCUGCAGCCAUGCCCCUGGAAGUGCCGGCACCACCAGUGCAGCAGGGCCUGCUGGGAGGAGUGUGACCGCCCCCGGUGCAGCCUUCCCUGCGACCGCCUGCUCCCCUGCGGGCACCCCUGUGUUGGGCUGUGUGGAGAGCCGUGCCCCUCCCUGUGCCGCACCUGCCACCUGGAGGAACUGACCUCCCCUUUCUUCGGCUCGGAGGGCGACCCCGGUACCCGCUUUGUGUUGCUGGAGGACUGUGGCCAUGUCCUGGAGGCUGGCGGCCUGGACCGCCUGGUGGACGAGGGCCCUCGGCCCCUCUGCCCGGAGGCUUGCCCCAAGUGCGAGACCCCCAUCCGCUGGCACGGGCGCUACGCCAACGCCAUCAAGAGAAGGUGGCGUGGCAUCAACCAAAUGAAAACCAUUGUCCUGGGAAGCCCAGCUGAAGUGGGGGAGAUGAAGAAGCAGCUGACGGAUAGCAUUAUUGCAGCCUCCAUUAACCAGCAAUACAAGGAGCAGAGGUAUAACAUUCGCAAGAAGGUGGAGGCUUUGCAGACACUGCCGGAGCUGCAGGCCUUGGGGCGAGCUCUCGGCAUCUUCCAGUUCCUAGACACAGUCAGGAAGCUGGUGAGAGCGUGCCCACCAGAGGACCAGCUGAGCCUGGACAUCAUGCUAACCAAGGUGGACUGCUGGCUCGAUACCAAGGUGGUACCUUUCACCCAUCAGCAGCUGAGCGAAUGCAGGAACGAAGUUGCCAGGAUUUCCUACCUGGCCGACCUGAAGAGGCUGCUGCGUCAUUGUGAGGAGGAGGAGGAAGGCAGCAAGGGACGGGCGCAGGAGGUGGCAAAGGCUAUUGCCCCCCUCCUCAGGGACCUGGCUGGGAAACUGACGGAGGCGACAGAGCUGCGGCUGAAAGGAGCCAUGGAGAAGAUGGCGGGAAGCUACCCCGGCAUGGAGCUGUGGCUCUCCAGAGCUGAGCGGCUCUCGAUGCCCGAGGAUGUCGUGAGGCGAGACUGGUAUCAGUGCCCAAAAGGCCACCUGUACACUGUGGAAGAGUGUGGACAGCCAGGGGACCGCGAGGAAUGCCUGGAGUGUGUGCUGACGAUGGGUGGAGAGUGA